AUGGGCAAAAACAACAAGAGAAAGCGCACAGCUCCAGUCCAAUCUCAAUCCUCCAAGCUCCUCACUCCACCUAGCGAGUCACCUUCGGCCUCUGCGUCAUUGAUCGAUUCAGAGGACUUGGAAUGUACGAUAAACGCAUUGAAGACGUUAUGCGACUUCCCAGAGGAACUGGCUGGGAAGGAGAUGAAAGGGCUGAAGAGGAAGGUACAUGAGCUCUAUAGGAUCAUGGCAGAGGGAAGUGGGUUAGAUGAGUCAGGGCUGGCUGUAUUCAGAGUCAAGCUCAAGGUCGGUGAUGAGAAGGAAGAACUAGCAAGCACAACCUUCCCUCUGGAUGGCACCUCACUCACCUCCAAGAUAUCGACAGCACUGUCAGACUACCGCUUCACCGACGCCCUCAUACACCUAUUCGAGAUGUACACCCGUAGACUCUCACCGAAGCUAGGUGCACUGCAGAGAUGGGUGAGAGAAUGCGAUGCGACGAGUAACGAAGAUGGUAGUCCAGGUGAUCCGGAGGCAUUGAAAUGUUUAGAUAUGAUAUUGAGGAUUGCCAACAUGUCUCAUCCUACUCAUGUACCGACCGAUCAGAAAGUGUUAGGAACGGAAGGAUCGAUGAGGCAGAAAGGGAGUGAUCAUAUGGUAGAUGGGAUGGAUAUGGGUGGGAUUAUACAGAGGAAACAGAUAUUCAAAGCUAGAGAGGCUAAUGAGGAGAUAAAGAUUUGGGGUUUGAUCAAAGAGGGGAGGCUGUUUGAUACACCCCCUCCAACCCCUUAUCCCAACUUCCGACCAGUCCACCACGUAAAAGCUGACGAUCGUAAACCUCCCAAUCUGUACGACUCGACUGUCUAUGGUUCCAGCCCGGGAGCGAUCGCUCUGGCACCUCCAAGCGAAAGAAAGCAACCUACAAAGGUGCAUGUUUCUGACGUUCCUGGUGCUUUCGUAGUACUUGAUGUAUUUACACCGGAAGAAUGUUUACAGAUAGUCAGAGCUGCUGAGGCGAUAGGGUGGGAGAAGGAUGAGGCGAAGAGCGGUUCCGCUGUCAACAAGAAUUCGAUCCUAGCAAAGAACUUUGUCUGGCUAUCUGAUUCCUCAUUCCUUGACCACUUUUAUUCCUCUAUACUACCCUUCGUUCCCGCAAUAGCUCCGAUCAGUGUUGAUGGCAAUGGCGGAGGCAAAGUCAGAGGUAUCAACGCGAGGUUUAGGGUGUAUCAGUAUACGGAGAAUCAGCUGUAUAGGCCUCACAUAGAUGGUGCAUGGCCUGCUGCUGGCUUACAUCCCGAGACAGGCGAAUACUUGCAUGACUCGUCCCCACCCGAUGAUCCAUUAUGGUCACGAUAUACUCUGCUGGUCUACCUAAAUGGAGAAGGUGAUAUACCGCAAGAUACGGGAUGUACGACCUUCUUCUUACCGUCGGAUAAGAUAGGAGUAAUGGAGGCUCAUAGUGUCAGGCCUAUACAGGGAGCAGUAUUAUGUUUCCCCCAUGGAGACACGACCGGUUCAUUAUUACAUGAAGGUUCAGCAGUAGGGAAAGGAGGUAUCAAAUAUGUCAUUAGGACCGAUCUGCUGUACGAAGCUAGAGGUUUCGGUCAGUAUAAACCUCCUGCUAGUGUUGGAAUGAAACAGGGUGGUAAGGAGGAAGAAGGAUUAGGUGGAUAA